CCCGCCCCCCAGGCCGCCAUGGCGCUCCGGCUGCUCCUGGCCCGGGCCCUGCGCUUCUUCCCUCGCUGCCGCUUCCCCCGCGUUCCCCGCCCCGAUCCCGGGCCCCGGCUCGACCCCCGGCCCGCCCCGCCGCCCAGCCCGUGGCGCCCGUGGCUGUGGUGGCUGCCGGCCGCUCGCCGCCUCCUGGUGCGCGGGCCGGCCCCGGGGCGGCGGGGCGGCGGGGCCUGCCUGGCGCUGGGGCUGGCGCUGGGGCUGCUGGAGCCGCGCCUGGAGGAGCAGCGCCGGGCACAGGCCGCCUGUCGGCACAUCCAGACGGUGUUUGUUGGAAAGAACAAGCCUCAGAAGGAUCCCCUGAGCUCCUGUCGUUGGCAGGGCUUCAAGCUGGAGGAGUAUCUCAUCGGCCAGCCCAUCGGGAAGGGCUGCAGCGCUGCUGUCUACGAAGCAGCGAUUCCUCCCUCUCCAGCCCGGGGGCAGGUGGAAAGCAGCGCGGGGGAGGAGCCAGCCCUGCAGCCGCCUGGUGGCUCGGCCCGAGAGAAUCACCAGCCCAAAGCAGCUUUUCCAUUAGCUAUCAAAAUGAUGUGGAACAUUUCGGCUGGUUCCUCAAGUGAAGCCAUCCUGGAUGCCAUGGGCCGGGAGCUGGUUCCAGCCACGCGAGUUGCUUUAUCCGGAGAGUACGGAGCCAUCCCUGCCUGCAGAAAACCUGUCCUUGGGAGGAAGAAGUUGCAACCUCACCCGAAUAUAAUCCAGGUGAUCAGAGCCUUCACAUCCUCUGUCCCUUUGCUGCCUGGAGCCUUCACAGAGUAUCCAGAUGUUCUUCCACUAAACCUGAACCCCAGGGGGAUCGGCCACAGCCGCACGCUCUUCUUGGUGAUGAAGAAUUACCCCUGCACCCUGCGCCAGUACCUGAGGGGGAGCAGCCCAGACCUUCGUCUCUCCACGAUGAUGAUUUUGCAGCUGUUGGAAGGAGUGGAUCAUCUUGUCCGACAUGGAAUAGCCCACAGAGACCUCAAGUCUGACAACAUCCUGGUUGAAUUGGAUUCUGCUGGCUGCCCCUGGCUGGUGAUCACUGACUUCGGGUGCUGUUUGGCAGAUGAGAACCUCAGGUUGCCCUUCCCCAGCAUCUACGUGGAUCGGGGCGGCAACGGCUGCCUCAUGGCACCCGAGGUGAUCACAGCCUCCCCUGGCCCGGGCAGGGUGAUCAACUACAGCAAAGCUGAUGCCUGGGCUGUGGGAGCGAUUGCCUACGAAAUCCUUGGCCUGGCCAAUCCUUUCUAUGGCCAUGGGGACUCCAGUCUGGAAAGCAGAAGUUACUCUGAAGACCAGCUGCCCAGCCUGCCCCACCACGUGCCCCUGGAGGUGAAGCAAGUGAUAAAGAUGCUGCUUCAGAGGGAUCCCAACAAGAGGUUGUCUGCUCGAGUUGCUGCCAACGUGCUUCACCUCAGCCUCUGGGGCGAGGGGGUUCUGGCAUCCAGGGCCUUGCAACCCGACCAGAUGGUUGCCUGGCUCCUCUGCCAGUCUGCAGCUGCUUUGCUCAUGGAUGGACUGGUGGAUAAAAGCCGGGUAGAAACCAAAAUGAAGAUGUGCUUUUUGGCAAACCUGGAGUAUGAAGACCUGUGGGCAGCAAUGUCGCUGUUGCUGGCCUGGAGAAGCCGGGCUGAGUGAAGAGAAGCACCUGGCUCUGGAUUGUGCAACAGAUAAAUGCAUUUUCUAAAGGCACGUAGGAAUCUGUCUUUUCUGUAGUGCUUUAGGGAACAAAACUGCAGGCCCGUGUUGAAGGGGUUGAGUUUCUCUCUAGCAAGUGUUAGCACACCCUGCUUUUCUCCCCCCUCCUAGAGGAAAUGCCCUCGUUUCGUUACCCUUUUGGUUGAGGGUUGUUGUGGACCUUGCAGGUGUCCUGAGGUAGGUGGUUGGUUGAUUCCCAUUGGGGAGUUCAUUAUUGACUUUGAAGUUGUGUGUUGAGUGAAGCCAGUUCCUGUUCAGAAGGGGAGGAGGCACUGUCUAGCUGCUUUUCACAUGGCAGCAUCACAGAGUGAAACAACACACUGAGAAAGCUGAGCUGACCAAGGGACGUUCAGUCUUUCUUGGGGAGACUGGUGGGGGUCUUCAGCUGAUAGGAAGGUGGGAGCCACAUCUUGCUAUCAAAUUAAAAGCCUAAAAGCCUCUUAGUGAGGUGCUGACUGCUAAGGUGGGUGUCAGGAGCUGCUCUCUUCUUCCAGUAAUGCACCACUACAUACCUAGUUAGCUGUAUGCAAAAGCAGCCAACCCCAAACCCACUUACGUUUGUUUCUUGGCUGUUGUAUUUGUGCAGUGAGUGCUGCAGGGUCCAAGGCUGAGUCAGGCUGUGUCCAGGGAGGGGUAACACUGCAAAGAAAAGGGGGCUGAGCAGCAGUGCCUGCUCUUCUCUUUUUACCUGCCUGUGUUUUCUGUUGAACAAUGAGGUCAUAUCCUUUGGUCAGGACAGGAGACGUCAGUGUUAGAGCAAUAAUAGUCUCUUUUAUGAAAGCAUCAUUGGAUUUCAUGUCUGUAAUUGUGUUCAGAGGAACCUGGGGACAAUGUUACUUACACUCAUUGCACAAUAAAUUGACAAUGAAGCUCU